AUGGACGGAAAGCAUGUUGUGAUAGAGCCGCCCGAUAACAAUGGUUCCUUAUUCUUCAAUUACAAGAAAACUUUCAGCAUUGCGCUGAUGGCACUUGUGGAUGCCGACUACCGAUUUAUUGCAAUUGAUGUCGGUGCAUACGGUGAAAACAGUGAUGGGGGGAUUUUUGCUAACUACGCUUUUGGAAAAGCAAUAUAUGAUGGCAGACUAAAUAUACCACCUGCUAAGCUUCUGUCCGGCACUAAUGAGCCAGUACCUCAUGUAAUUGUGGGUGACGAGGCAUUUCCUUUGAAAAAAUAUAUUAUGCGUCCGUAUCCAGGGUAUCAACUCAAAGAUGACGAAGUUGAAAGGAUCUUCAAUUAA